GAGAGAGAGAGAGAGAGGGAGAAAUAGACUGAACAGGGGAGCAGGAAGAAGACUGAGGAUAGCAACAUUGCAAAAGAGUGGAAGAAGGUUCUGCAGUAGUUGAGAGUGGAUGAUAAAGGCAAUGAACUGACAUGUUGAGGAACUGAUGUGUUUGACCUUCAGAGCAGGACUUCUCCCAUAAACAUUUUUCAAGCUCUGGGAGGAAGGUCACAUCCGGCUGUCCACACACACUCAGGGUCCACUGCUCUCCUUCCCUCUCACAUCGUGUGGCUCAUGGCAGACCCAUCGCCUGGAUGGUGGAAGCUGACCUUCCUGCGGAAGAAAAAGUCGGAACCAAAGGUCCUGUACGAGAUCCCAGCAGAGCAUGGCAGCAACACCCCGGGCCACAGUGGAGCCCCCGGACCAGGAGGGGGCGCCACAGAUGACAGCCAGUUCAAUGCCCGCCUGGAGAGGAUAGUGGACAAAACAGCCACCAAGGGACGCCACGUCAAAGUGUCCCACUCUGGCCGAUUUAAGGAGAAGAAGAAGGUGCGAGCUACGUUAGCAGAAAACCCGGAUCUGUUCCCUGGUCAUGAGCCUAGCGACGAGAACGUCCGGGCCGGGAAAUAAAAGCUCAUAUGCAUAGUUUGCUAAAUGACUAAAAUGUCAUUUAAAUGUAAUAAUAAUUAUGAUAUGCCAUUCAGCAAACAUAAAUACACAGAAUGGCCACACAAACACAGAUGCCUUCCCAAGCUCUCUUUCAAACACUGAGGCCUUCCCAAGCUCUCUCUCACUCUCUCUAGCAAAGAGGCCUUCCCAAGCUCUCUCUCAAACACAGAGGCCUUCCCAAGUACUCUUUCAAACACAGAGGCCUUCCCAAGUACUCUUUCAAACACAAAGACGUUCCAUGCUUCUCUCCAAAACAUGCACAGUGAUUAAAUCACUUCACACAAUCUUUGUACCUCAGUCAGUAACACUCAGAAGCAACAACUGCAAUCCCAUUGGAACACGUCAACACAGCGGAUCUAUUCUGUAUCCCCACACAAGGCUGACUGAGGCUCUAUGUAGGACGUAUUUUAGCAUCGCUCUUUCUUCAGUCCAUAUGAUCAAUGUCUGUCUAUCUCAUUCCUCGACCAAAUGUACACAAACCUACUAUAUUUACAGAAGAACACUAUUAGUCUUCCCCCACCUUUAAACAUUUAACGUACCAGCAGAGCUGGUAGGAGUUUAGGCCACCCAAGACAAUAUGGAAGGUACAAAGUGAAUGUUGUUGCCUAGGUUACUGCCUUGUCACCUGGGGGGUCUGUCUCCCUAACGACCAACUGUCAUGUGUCAUUCAACAUCAUAAGGAGUGGGAUCAGAGAGGCUUCACAGAUGAAUUUAAAACCUGAGUUUAUAUAUUAUUUAAGAUAGAGUAUAUAUACUAUUCAUGGGUAAGAAGGCUUCUCUUUUACUUUGGAAUUUAUCCUCAAAUGAGACAAGUAAUAUUAAUAAUAUUAUCAGUAUAGUAAUAGUUUUUCAUACUAUUGCACUUUUUAAUGUAAACACGAAGGACUUCUAUAUAAAUAAACUGCAAGCUUUACAAAUAACUCUUUAUGCAUUUCAUCUGUGACUAUGUCAUUUGACUUAUCAAGACAUUGGUGGAGGCGGUCAAACAAAACAAUACCAGACAGAAGGGACAUUUUCCCUGCAAAGACAAAAAAAGUACUGUAUAUUUCAUUUCAU